UGGCACACAAACCGUCCAAGAACGUCGUCCUUAUUUGCCACACUUUCCAACGCAUUUUCACAGCCUCGUUCGACGGAAGGGAAAAGUCAGUUCAUGUUGGAAGUGUUCCUCCCUCGUCCUUUGCGUCACGUCGUCAGCUAACACGCAGCGGGUGCGCAGGAAGCAGCAGCAGCAACAACAGCAACAGCAGGAGCAGAAACCGUGAAUAUUCAUCGCGUCUCCGCGUGUCUCAAGUGUGUGCAGCGAGCGCAUCAAAAGGAGUAGGCUGCGAAGUGUGUGCACAAGGCACGUGUACGUGUCGUCCUUCUUCCCGGAGCAGCAAAGCCAGAGGCCCCCAAAGUGUGUGUGUACAGCAAGGUGUUCCGUGUGUCAGUGAGUUUCAGUGAAAAGGGGAAAGAAGAGCAACGGCAGCAGCAGCAACGGAUUCGUCCCUACAGUAUCAAAGUGCAGCGAGUGGCCAUUCCUGGUAGAAAAUAGUGAAGAGCGAGGUAAACACUUGGUCUACAAAAAAAAGAGCACCAAUUCAAACGCCUCAUCGCGAAGCAGCAGCCUCGGUCGAUCAGCAUACCAGUGACAUCCGCGCUCACCAGCAACUGCACAGGACGUUCGUGUGUGUGUGUCUAACUAAAUCCAAUUGAAAAUAUGAGUGCAGAACAGCAGGCAACAGAGUCGGCCCCAGAUGGUCUUGCGCCGGGAGCGGCAGCGGGAGGAGAGCCAGGAGCGGACGGAAUCGUCGGAGGACCAAGAACGCCUCAGCAGAUUGCGGCCCAGAAGCGACUGCAGCAAACGCAGGCACAGGUCGAUGAGGUUGUGGAUAUCAUGAAGACGAACGUCGAGAAGGUGUUGGAGAGAGAUCAGAAGCUAUCGGAGCUGGACGAUCGAGCGGAUGCGCUGCAGCAGGGUGCGUCACAGUUCGAACAGCAGGCCGGCAAGUUGAAGAGGAAAUUCUGGCUACAGAACCUGAAAAUGAUGAUAAUAAUGGGCGUCAUCGGUCUGGUUAUACUCGCAAUUAUCGUAGCGAAAUUCAUGCCCGCAGACCAACCGCAGCAACCGAUGAUGAUGAUGGGUGGCCAGCCGAUGCAGCAAAUGCCGAUGCAGCAGAUGCCAGCCGCACCACCGGCUCAACCGGCCGCACCGGCUGCCCUCGUACAGGACGUUUCCUCACUAUUGACCGGCGGAGGAGGCUCGCAGCUGAUCAAGAACUAAGAAGGAUGUAGUCGCAACACCAUCACUACCACCACUACCACCACCACCACCACCAUCAUCCGUACUACUACUGCUGUUGAUGCUGCUGUUGCCGCUACAAAAUACGAAUCCCAACACACACACACACACACACAUCGUCUAUCUCUCUCUAUCUCUCUUUCUCUGGCGCUCUCCGUGUACUUUGUUCCAUCUAAAUCAUCCUAGUAAGCUGAUGUUGUAGCCUUGGUUACUAGGGUUACACCAACCAACCAACACACACACACACACACACACACACACGCAUAGCAGCAGCCGGCGAGCAGAAGAAGGCAGCGAAAGGACGAAGCAACUGGAUGGUGGAAAUCUGCAAGACUUUGUUCUCGUGUUUGCGUGUUAAAGUUGAGUUUUCUUGUGCUCCCCCCACAUUGGUCACAUUAGUGGCACUACAACGUAUGAUGGUUUCAUUGAUAUCGUUGUUUCACUGGAAAAAAAAAAUCCUACUCGACACCAUCAUCCGGACGUGCCGGACAGUCGUUACUAUAGUUACGGGCUGGAUAGCUGGCUUGUAGAAGAGUGACCCUAGCUAAAUUGAAUGAAACCUUCCGAAGAGACGCAGACGCAGCACAACAGAAGAGAUGUAGGACAGGAGAGAUUCAAAAGAUUUUCCAACUUCAUUCCGACCGCGGAGCCGGAAGACUCAUUCAGCAUUAAAGACCUUCGAAAGACCCCCGGAAGGGGAACGUUUAUCUAUAGCGCAAGCAACGAAACUAGCGAGCUGCAGAAAACCCAGAAGAGGACAUGAUGCAAAACAGAAAACAAAAUAACAUGAAAAACUCUAUAAACUAUGCUAAACAAUAAAUUAGAUUCAUUUCAAUGGAACCAAUAAUCCCAAGAUGCGUUGCAGAGCGUUCGAAGCAUGCGUUGCAAAACAAACGUACACACACACACUCUCUCUCUCUCUCUCUCUCUCGUUGCUUUUAAUGCGUUUUUGUUUCGAAAGAAAACUGGCCCAUCCAGGCUCUGUUCUGUUCCUGUAAUCCGCUGCUCCUGCUGCUGCUAUUGUUGUCGGUCUCGAUGGAGACGCCAGGUCUAUGCUUCCAUUACGGGAGGGAGAAAGAGAGAGCGAGUGAGCGAGUGAAGGUUCGUAGGUUAUACAGCGGGCCUAUUGGAGUUAUGUUAAAGAUGUGUGGAAAUCGUGAAGAGGGGAAAAUAAGAAGCAAAAGAGGAGGAGAAAGAAGAAGAAGAAGCAACGGAAGAAAAAACACUAACGAAUGGAAGGGAGAAAAUCAUAAGAAAAAGCGUUCGCUGGAAGCAGAUGUUAAACAAAUAGACAUUCAAGCUAGUUCAAAAACAAAAUAGUAACCUAAAAGUGAGCAGAAAGAAGCGGUAAUGCAACAGCACAUACUCACACACACACACACACACAUACACACAAGCAUUCAUGUCUCCACCAUCACUGGACAGCUAGCAAGCAAGGAUGAUUCGUGCAACUCAACGAUGUGAAGCUAGGAAAUAGUGUUGUAGCCAAGAGGAACGCCAGUGAGAGCGUUUAGUGAUCUUUAGUUUAACGCGACAGAAUCGACGAAAAUGAGAAAAUCACAAAACCAGCAAACCAACAAGCAAAAACAGAAACGCAAGAAAGUUGUAGGGGGAAGAAAGAAACAUUUAAAGAAAAUACCUAGUAUCCAAGCAUUACAUAGCUACCAAAAAAAAAAUAACAACAAACGAAACAAACAGAGAGCAACACAUAAAACAGCACACGGCCACACACACAGACACACGACGACGAA